AUGGCUAAAAAGCCCAGGAGUGACACGGAUGAGGAAUGUUCCUCAUCAAGUGGACAAGAUGUGGCAAAACGCGAUUUCAAAGAGCCGACCACAUGGCCGGAAAUGAUUCGAGCUUGGCCAAAAACGACUUUCUGCAUCGUUUCCAAUGAGUUUUGCGAGCGUUUCUCCUACUACGGAAUGCGAACCGUUUUGACCUUCUAUUUGUUGAACGUGUUGAAGUUUUCCGAUUCUCAGUCGACGAUUUUCUUCAAUGGUUUCACAGUGCUCUGCUAUUUCACUCCAAUUUUGGGAUCGAUCGUUGCCGAUGGAUUUGUCGGGAAAUUUUGGACAAUCUUUGCCGUCUCAAUUCUCUACGCAGCUGGACAGAUUAUUUUAGCAUUGGCCUCAACAAAGGACUCUUCUUCGAGCAUUCACCCAUGGAUGGACAUGAUCGGUUUGGUGACAAUCGGUUUCGGUACUGGUGGUAUCAAGCCAUGCGUGUCCGCUUUCGGAGGAGAUCAAUUCGAGAAAGGACAUGAAAGAAUGCUGUCAAUGUUCUUCUCGAUGUUCUAUUUUUCGAUCAACGCCGGAUCUAUGAUUUCCACAUUUAUCGCGCCGAUUUUCCGAUCUAUGAGUUGCAUGGGACAAGAUUCUUGUUAUCCACUCGCAUUUGGAGUGCCUGCAAUUCUCAUGAUCGUCGCUACUUGUCUUUUCAUGGCCGGUUCUUUCUGGUACAAAAAACCACCACCAACAGAGAAUGUCUUUGCUGAAGUGUUCAGAAUUAUUAGGAGAGCCCUCGGCAACAAGAUGCGAGCUUCGGAGCCGAAAGAGCAUUGGUUGGACCAUUACAUGACGACGCAUGUUUGCGAAAGUGAUCCACGAUGUAUGCAAUUGAAACAAGACAGGAGGAGCAAGAAAGCGUGUCACAAGCUUGGCUACGUUGAUGAUGUUCGCCAACUUUUGCGUCUUCUCAUCAUGUUCCUGCCUGUCCCAAUGUUCUGGGCACUCUACGAUCAACAAGGAUCCGUUUGGUUGAUUCAAGGUAUUCAAAUGGACUGUCGUCUUUGGGGAAAUGUGCUUUUCAUGCCCGAUCAAGUGCAAGUGCUCAACGCUGUCCUCAUUCUCUGCUUCAUCCCAAUUUUCCAAGUAUUCAUUUACCCGCUUGCCUCGAAAGUCAUCGUUUUAACUCCACUCAGAAAAAUGGUUGCCGGAGGAUUUUUGGCGGCCAUCUCAUUCAUGAUCACCGGUUUCGUGCAACUUCGAGUUAAUCAAACCCUCGCCGUUCUCCCCGACAGCGGCCAAGCGUUUGUCUCUUUCUUCAACAUGCAUCCAAAUUGUACUUUCACCGUUCAAGGACCCGAUGAAAUCGUCAAUUUUCCCUUCAACUAUUCUCAACAAGACGUUCGUAAGCACGGAGAUAUCCCUGAAAGCAAAUCUUUCCAUGUGCCAAAAGGAUACCAGAAUUUUACGAUUAAUUAUACGGAUGGAGACUGCACGACUAAUGCCGAUCUGCCGAGAAGUGUUGGUGGAUCGUUUGAAUCGAAAAAAGUCUACUUUUUCGCAAUUAACACAUUUGGAGCAGUGUAUGGCGAAGUCGACACGGACAAGCCAGAACAGGGAACUGGAGAAUUUAAUGCUGGAUUUUUGAUGGCAAUGAAUACUCCAUAUGGACAAGCGGACAACAAUAUGGACAAUCUUGUGCUAUGCCGAGCUAAUGAUGAUGGAACACUGAAGAAAUGCGACCCGAGAAAGCCAGCCGAUUUCUAUUACUGGGAAGGCGAUUACAAUCAGGGAAAAGACGAUCGAGAGGAUAAAUUGGAAUAUCAACGAGCCGCGAAUAAAGCCGCCCCGAAUGUCAGUGGUGUCACGCUUUACGUUCAGCAAUAUUCGAUGAAGCCGGUGAAGCCUGGAAAAUGGUGGCUUCACAAGAUGCACGACACGCCAAAGAACGCUGGAUCGAAAACUCCAAAAGAGACGGAUGUUACAUCACUGAACGCUUCGAUUUACAUCCGAGCACAAGGAGGCGUCUAUCUCUUUGGAAUCAUUUCGCUGAACCCGUCAAACCCAGAGCUCGCCUAUGUGAGCGAUGGAUACAUGCCUGUCAUGCAAAUCGUACAGGACAACUCGGUCAGCAUCUUGUGGCAGGUCCCACAAAUCGUCGUCUUAACAGCGGCCGAGAUUCUCUUCUCAAUUACCGGAUACGAGUUCGCCUACUCUCAGUGUGCUCCAACGAUGAAAUCCGUUGUGCAAGCAGCUUGGCUAUUCACGACGGCCAUUGGAGAUGGAAUUAUUGUCGGUAUUACUGCGUGGAGUCCAUUCUCAAAUAUGGCCACAAUGUUCUUCGUUUAUGCAAUUGCCAUGGCAGUGAUUAUCUGUGUGUUCGCGUUGAUGGCGGUCUUCUACUAUGAUUAUAAAUCAUAUACGGCUGUUGAUGUGGUCGAACAUGAUGAUGAUGAUGAAGAUGAUGAUGAAGGAAGAGGAAAAGAUGAUCAUUUGGGACAUGAUAAUGCGGCAUUCUAUCGUCUACCUCCCGAGGAUAAAUACUCGGAUUUCCUCGAUGCUGACGUUAGAUUC